ACUACGAAGAAGAACUAGAAACGAAUCCAUUUACACGCUCUGGAGGGGGGCCCUGAACGACUCGUCUUCAUCCGUCAACGAAACGAACCAAGGAAAUAUUUUUAACCUUUCUAUCAACCUGAAGUCAAUUUUAGAGUUGCGCUAGGCCCCCUCCCAAAUAUUGACAGAAAAUAGUAGAUUUCUAGAUUGAAUCAUGGCGGARUCGAGCAACAGUGCUGCGGCGGCUGGAGCCACAGGCUCGAAUACUGGUGCCGCCGGGGCUGUUGCGCCCGAGGGAGCGACUGGAGCUGCGGGGAUAAAGCCCGUGUUGGAGGUGGUAAAGGGGCAGAACUUUGACGUUGGCCCCCGCUAUGUCAACCUCUCGUACAUCGGGGAAGGGGCCUAUGGAAUGGUUUGCUCGGCCAAUGACGUCAUGACGGAUUCUCGCGUGGCCAUUAAGAAGAUCAGUCCGUUUGAGCACCAGACGUACUGUCAGCGCACCCUGAGGGAGAUCAAGAUCCUGCUGCGGUUCCGCCAUGAAAACAUCAUCGGCAUCAACGACAUCCUGAGGGCCCGCCGCAUUGAGUGCAUGAGGGACGUCUACAUAGUGCAGGACCUGAUGGAGACAGACCUGUACAAGCUCCUGAAGACCCAGAUGUUGAGCAACGACCAUACCUGCUACUUCCUGUACCAGAUCCUGAGAGGCCUGAAGUACAUCCACUCUGCCAAUGUGCUGCACCGUGACCUCAAGCCCUCCAACCUGCUCAUCAACACCACCUGCGACCUCAAGAUCUGUGACUUUGGGCUGGCACGGAUAGCUGACCCAGAGCAUGACCACACAGGCUUCCUGACAGAGUACGUGGCUACGCGCUGGUACAGGGCCCCCGAGAUCAUGCUCAACUCCAAGGGCUACUCCAAGUCCAUUGAUAUCUGGUCAGUGGGCUGCAUCCUGGCUGAGAUGCUGUCCAACAGGCCCAUCUUCCCUGGGAAGCAUUACCUGGACCAGCUCAACCACAUACUGGGCAUCCUUGGCUCUCCCACUCCGGAUGACCUGAACUGCAUCAUCAACAUGAAGGCCAGGAACUACCUGCAGUCUCUGCCUGAGAAACCCAAGAUCCCUUGGAACAAGCUGUUCCCCAAGGCGGACAGCAAGGCUCUGGACCUGCUGGGCCGCAUGUUGACCUUUAACCCUAUCAAGCGCAUCACGGUAGAGGAGGCCCUGGCUCAUCCCUAUCUGGAGCAGUACUACGACCCCACUGACGAGCCUGUAGCAGAGGAGCCGUUCACCUUCACCAUGGAGCUGGAUGACCUGCCUAAGGAGAAGCUGAAGGAGCUCAUCUUUGAGGAGACGUUCCGCUUCCAGGCCACCUACCAGGGCUCCUGAGACAUAGAGCUUUGAAGACGAGUGACAAAGCCACACGGAGACUCCAAACGACAAGAUACAAAAAAAAUAACAUAUAUACAGCAUACAAAAAAAAAGGACCAGAAACAUGUACAUUUUUAAGUGUUCUUUUUUUAUUUKUUUCGCUGGGAAGCUGUUUUUUUGGUGGGGGGGGGGCUGUUGUCUACUUAAAGGAAAGAUUCACCCAUUUUGAUUGUUAUUGUUUUUGUGCAUCUCAGCAACGUUCUAUUGAUUCCUGAGMUUUUUUUUCAUGUGUAUCUGAGCUAUUGUCAUUCAAACAGGCAGAAAUUUGGAUGGUGUGUGGUAGCAUUGCGAUAAAGUCGCUCUCACUACACUGGAAGUUAAUAGGAAUUUGACUUUUAGAUCGCAAAAACGUCUAUCAUACAUGUCAUAUUUCUCUCGAAUGAGACAUUGAUUAWAUUUUUUGCGAUAUUCCUACCUUGAGAAAUGUGUAAUUAAACAGAGGGUCCACCACAUUUCUCCUAUUUGUCUGCCUCUUUAGUCCAUGGUGCAUUUCAUGGCGCUAUUGCUUAUGUUAUACUAGGUUAAACAUGGUGAGUGCAAUUUUACAACUAACUAUUUCACAUGCUGAUAUUGACUCUGGUAUUAUUGUGUAGCUACCUUUUGCUAGCUUGCCAGCCGGUCCAUAGAGAGAGCAUUGCAUUGUGGGUUUUGUUGUCGAUUUGAGCUGCAACAGAUUUCCCACAAGAUUUUCACAUGUUGCUACCAACCUUUUAUUAUAACAACAAAAUUUAAAAUUUGUUCACGAAAAUAUUGUUCUCACAUUAGUGUUAUUUAACACUGUAAAUUAUAGGAAUUAAUGGUUUUGGGUGGAUAUUUCCUUUAAGUACUUCUGCGCUCAUUUUAACCACCAUCAGGAGACUCUUCCCUCUUUCUCUUUUACUGCUUUCUGCGAGGAGUGUGUACUGUUUAAAAAGCAAGAACUUAAUCUGACCAACUCAAUUUAGCACUCUCGUCCCUGUGAGCCUUUUCUCUUUUUCCCCUCUCUGUAAAUCUGUGUUCUUUCCAUCUCUUUCUCACUAGUCACAGUAUAUGUUACUGUAUUAACCUACACCUUAACUGUCUGUCUUGCUCCAUGGAAUUAUUGUUUGAGAAAAAACGAGAUAGAAAAGAUAGACAGGCGCUAGUUAGAUGUGUACAUAUAAAUGGUUUUGUUUGCGUGAUCUCGUGGAGGUUUGGUUUGUGCACCGUUAUUUGAAUGUUUAUGAACAGUCAGGAGUCGUAUUUGUAUGUUUUGAAGUUUAUAUUUGAGAGAAUUUUUUUGUUUUAGUUUUUUUGGAACAUUGAUUUCUAGACAUUCUUUACUUGCGAGACAAACAUUCUAUGUUUUAACGGCAUGUUGGUGGUUUUAUAUUUUGUUCUCUUUUUCUUCUUUUGUUUAGAAAUAUGUAUGUUGUUAAUCUAAAUGAACACGCAUUCAUUCUUGAAAUGUACCAAAGUGGUAAAGGUAGAGUGGGAUGGAGGCAUGGAGAGAUGAGGAAUGGCUUGAAUUGUCUUUGUACUGUAACCCACAGCUGGUUUAUCUCCAUCCUCACUUAUUCAAAGAGGACGUCACGAGUUUUCAGAUAGAAAUACAUGGCCUAGAACAGGCAUGAUUACCCCACAUCUUAGAAAUUCUGAUGCGAUUCCCUAUUCUCUGUGCUAGUCUCUGACUCACUAACACCGAUCAGCGACAUGCCACAGACCCUCACCGGUCCUUAAAUGGGAGGUUAAGGAAAAAUUGCAAUCUUUUUUGGAGAGGGGUGCCUAUAGUAUGUUUCUCUUCUCCCAAAACAAAAUGUCACCAAAUUCACUUUUAAAUCUGCCACCAUAUUAGAAAAUUCAAACUUCUCCUCUCUGCCUAUUUGCCAUUCCCCUCUUUCUCCUCCCUUCAUGUGUCUGGUAUUGUUUCAGGGAGGACAGUGAUUUGUAAAUACUCUAUUUAGUUGUGGAGUGUGGCAGGCAGAAUCAGCAGAUAUACGACUGAUAUUUACUUUCCGCUUGUGUUAAACUGAUAAUGGUUGCCACGGUUACGGUGUCUAUGGUAAUUAGUGGCUGAUUUUGCUCUUUGUUUCCUUCUAAUGUGCCGUGUUUCAUGGUGGGCUUCGCUCAGAGCUUAACGCAUUGCUGUCACAUUUUCCACUCACAUCGAACAGUGGACCGCUUAAUUUUGCCGUAGCACAUCCUUAGCCCCUCCAGAAGCUAUAAGCCUCUAUUCAUGGUAGAAGUGGCCCUACUUUCAGAUCUGGGAUCAGUUUAGCCUCUCCUAAUCCUUAUGUUUGGCCAUUAGAGGAGGCGGAGAGUAAGUAUGAGUCCAGGGCGUGUUCAGUAAGUUUUUACGUUCCGGAACGUUCAAUUGAACGGACACAAUUCUGUUGGGGAAUGCUAUCAGCAUGGCUACUGCCCUUUAAAAACGCUGUCAGUUAUGAGCAAACACACCUCAGUGUGUUCAAGAAUGUUUUUGGGAAACGUGUCGGUCAGUACAAAUCGUUCCGCAACGUAGCAAAUGUUAAAGCGAACUGAACGCACCUCUGAUCGAUCAGUGCAUAUGGGCAGUAUCAUCCAUUCCACACACCCCAAUUACCAGCCAUUCCACACACCCCAAUUACCAGCCAUGCUUUACUCAAAGGGCUUUCCCCCUCAGGUCCCACCCACCACCCUUUUAUCUCGCUUCUGAUUGGCCGAGACCUACCAAACCACAUCCCAGGUUGGCUGCCAUUUGCUUACUCAUUUAUUUUUCUCACCUCCUCCUCCCCCCCUCCCUCAAUGAUUACUGUCCCAUCCCCAAUCAUGGCUAGAAAUGAAAGCAGAUCUGAUUUUAAAGUGGAGGAGUAUUGCUUGAGUGACAUCUGUCAGUCAUGUUGGGGGAAGAGGGGUUACUUGCAUCAAUCAUGUUUCUCAAUCAGCGCACCUGCACUUUGCCACGCUAACCAAACUUUUUCCCCUUCUGUUUUUUCUUUUCUUUUUUCAACUGUCAAGACAUCAGCCUAGUCUUUUGCGCUUACUUCAAUUUGUUUCCUCCCUCUUUAAUCUUCUUGCUUUUCUGGGCAGAUUUUUCAUGGAAGCUCACUGGAGCCCGUCACACUUUUUAAUGAGUGUGUGCGUGUCGAAAGUGUCUUAACACACAUUUGCAGUGGACCACCCUGGUCCGCGCUGUUUCAUUGUGUGUGUGUGUGUGUGUGUGUGUGUGUGUGUCUGUAUAGUCUGUGGUUGAAACACAGCAGACACUACUCCAAUCGGCAGUAUGUAUGUGUUCCUCUGCGUCUGUGUUUUUAUCUUUUUGAAACGCACUCCAGAGGCUUUCCCGUUAUUUCUAUCUGCAUGUUUGGAUACUUGUGACUGUCUGUGGUUCUCUGACCAAAAGCUGCUUUACUAUCCCCCAACCCCUCUUUACCCCUCCCCCUCCCCACCAGCGACACGACCCAACUGACCGCCAGUCUCAACGGAGAACAAUGCGAAUGAACCAACGGGACCAUGUUUGCAAUACGCAAUCACUCACUUUUUCACAGACACACGCAUACACAAAUCCUUGCACACAAAACACACCACAUAUGCACGCACGCACACAAUACAUGAAGAAGAAAAAAUGCAUAGUCAGGCCGGUUUCUAAAUAAUGUCCUUUUUAAAUGGCUGUUCUUAUUAUUGCUAUCGUUAGUGGUGGUCUUUUUUUCACAUAAGGGAGUUGUAUCUUUUUUUUUUUUUGUAUUAAUGUUUUAUUUCUCUUUUUCUCUUAUGGGUGUGCUAUAACUGGCAGUGUUUUCACUCUUUAUGAAACCUAUUUUUCCCCAUUAUUCUUUUAAAUUAAGAUGAUAUGCCAUAUGAGUAGGUUGUCAGAGAUAUGAGCUAUUGAGGGUUAUCGUCUAUGUAUAUUCUAUGGGUAUUAUGAAUUAAACAAUUAACAAAGAAACAAAAUUAUAUACAUAUAAUAAAUAAAAUUCCUGAUACUGGUAAA